AUGCAAUGGACAACCAUCUGGAUUAAUCUCAAAUUUCUUGCACCAACAUUUUUCAAAUGUUUUCAAACGGUAUUUACAAUGGAGUUUGAUAAUGAAACCAAUAGUUUUCGUGAUAGAUCCGGUGUAGAAAUUCGUAUCUUUGAUUUUGGUUUAUUUGAUGGUUUGUUAUGGGAAUAUCUUGAGUUAGAAGAAUUUCAACUGUAUUUCCAGCAAAUGGGGUACAGUAAUGGCGUUAAUUUGCAUGGUGCUCCGUAUGAUUUUCGACGAGCAGUCACAAUGAUAUCGGAUUUUACCAAGAAUUUGACAUCUGUCAUCGAAAAAACGUUUUUAUCAAAUGGAAAUAAGCGUGUUUAUUUAAUAAGUCAUAGUACAGGUGGAUCAAUGACAUUAUAUUUUCUAAACCAACAAACUCAACAGUGGAAAGAUAAAUAUGUAGCCGGUUGGAUAUCUUUGAGUGGUAAUCUGGCAGGUGAAAUUGAUAAUCUACCCAAUGUUAUUAAUGGGUUUUUACCGUUAGUGUUCUCACAAGCAGCUCGUACAUGGGAUUUUUAUGCAUGGAGAUUACCAGAACCGAUUGUUUACGGGAACAAAAUAAUCGUGUCGACUUCUUCGAAACAAUAUUCAUCUUUUAAUAUGUCAACAUUAUUAACAGACAUGGGAGCUGUAGAAUUAGCGCUCGUUUAUCCACACUUAUCCACAGUUCUUGCGUCAUUAGAUCCACCAAAUGUGAACACAUGGUGCUUUUAUGGUGCAAAUUUGUCAACGCCAAUUGGCUAUGUAUAUGCAAAUGGUCUUAAUGAGAAGCCAACAUCGAUUAUAAACGGAAUGGGUGAUGGUGAACAAGAUGAUUUAACUAACAUGUCAUGCGAGAAAUGGAAAGAGACAAUGGAUAAAAAGUAUGAAUUUGCUAUGCAAGGAUUUAAUGGUGUUAAGCAUACAAAAUUACCGGCUGAUAGAAAUAUACUAGAGACGAUCAGCGCAAUUAUUAGAAGAAAUGGAUAA